AUGGUGGUUGACGUUAAUGAGCAUGCACCGUUCUUCAAUCAAACAGUUUAUUAUGGAUACGUUCAGGAGAAUAUGCCUCCAGGUUCGGCUGUUCUUUUCGAAAACGAAACACCGUUGAUUGUGAAAGCAUUCGAUCAUGAUAACGGACCGAAUGGCCUCGUCAACUACCGUAUUGUCUCACCAAUUGAACCUUUCUUCACGGUUGAUUUCGUAUCGGGAGCGUUGCGUACGAAAGCCUCAAUUGACUAUGAAAAGGUGACAUAUACCCAUUGGUUUCUGAUGAUUUCUCGAUCUCACCGAUAG